GCUCCCGCCGCCGCUGCAGCCGCCGCCGUCUUUGCGGCAGGAAGAUGCCCGGGGAGGUGCCGCCAACGGCGCCCCGGGGGCUGCGGAGCCUCUCGGUGCUGCCGCUGCUGCUGCUGCUGCUCAGCCCCCGCCCCGCACUGGCUCAGCGCUGGCGCCACGAGAACUACGAGCGUCCCGUGGACCUGGAGGGCUCUGGGGAUGAUGAUCCUUUUGGGGAUGAUGAACUGGAUGAUUUCUACUCAGGCUCUGGCUCGGGAUAUUUCGAGCAGGAGUCUGGGCUGGAGACAUCAGUGACCCUCACCACGGACACCUCCAUCACUGUCCCCACCACGGUGGCCGUGCUGCCCGUCACCUCUGUGCAGCCCGUGGCAACUCCCUUUGAACCCUUCCCUGAGGCUGAGGACACCACCCCCGAGCAGACACCCAGCAUCUUGGACAUCCCCAGGAUGACAGAGGCACCAGUGAUCCCCACUUGGAAAGCAACCACCACCAGCACCACUACCACUGACCCCCCUACCACCACCACCACCACUGCAGCCACCACCACCAGCACCACCAGCACCACCAGCACCACCAUGGCCACUCCCAAACCCACCACGGGCCGAAGGUUCCUGCCCCCCUUUGUCACCAAAGCAGCCACCACCCGGGCCACCACCCUGGAGACCCCCACCACGUCCCUGCUGCAGACCAGCACACCCACAGAGGUGGCUCCCACGCCACUUGUUCCCACCAGCACAGCCAAGCCCAGGUCCCUGCCAAAACCAACCCCUUCCAGGACUGCAGACCCCACAGACAAAACCUCUGCCUUGCCAUCGACUCCUGCCACGCUGCCACCCACAGAAGCCCCCCAGAUGGAGCCAGGGGAGGUGACGACAGCCCUCGACAAGGAGCUGGAGGUCCCGGUCAGCAGCGGCCCCAGUGGGGAUUUUGAGAUCCAGGAGGAGGAAGAGACAACUCGUCCUGAGCUUGGCAACGAGGUGAUGGCAGUGGUGACACCACCAGCAGGACCCGGGCUGGGCAAGAAUGUGGAAUCUGGGCUGAUUGACAACACCAUAGACUCUGGGAACUCAGCAGCUCAGCUCCCCCAGAAAAACAUCCUGGAGAGGAAAGAAGUGUUGAUAGCGGUGAUCGUGGGCGGUGUGGUGGGAGCCCUUUUUGCUGCCUUCCUGGUCAUGUUGCUCAUCUACCGGAUGAAGAAGAAGGAUGAGGGCAGCUACACCCUGGAGGAGCCCAAACAAGCCAACGUGACAUACCAGAAGCCUGACAAGCAGGAGGAAUUUUACGCAUAGAAGGAGAACCCAGCGUGCCUCGUGCUCCCUCCCUCCCAGCUCCAAACUUUCCUUCCACCUCCUCUACUCCAUCCUGUCUCUCUUUGGUUUGUUUUUUUUCUCUAUCUCUUUUUUUUGUUUUGUUUUUUUUUUUUGAUCAGACUGUGAAUUUUUAAAACAGCAAAACCCUCAAAAGCUGAAGGAAAAAAACCAUGUCUUGGGCAUGAUGGAAAAUCAAGAGCCCAAAGCAUCGCCCUGGCUGCAGUGGGAGGGAUGGGGCAAGAAGCAAGGAACCCGAGUCCUGGUCAGGCUGCUGGAGGUCACUGGGCUUCUCCCACCUACACGAUGGGUUCUGGGAUCUGGACACCUUCUACCAGCCCUGGGGAGCAGGGGGUUUGGUUUGGAUUCAUCUUCCUUUGGUUUUUUUGUUGUUAUGGGUUUUUUUUUGGUUUUUUUUUUUCCCACUUUGGAAAAGAGGGAGGUUUCUUUCCCUCUCACUUCUUUUUUAGUUUUUAGUUUUCUUUUUUGAAUGGGGUUGGUUGCCCUGCAGGAACUCCCUUGCUCCCUGCUUCUGGUUGAAGAGAGGAGGCGACCUCUCCAACAUGCUCCGAACCUUGGGAAAAAGAAAGCACAAGGGGCUGGAAUACCUGGUGCCCCGGGGUUUGCCCUUGGGAAAAAAACCAAAAACCAAACAAAAUUAAAUACAACCACGGCCAGUAUGCUGGGAAUGAUCUCUUAAACUUCAUGGAGCAGCAAGAAGCUGCCUUGGUGGCUGCUCCCCUCCUGCCACCACCUUGGACCUGAGACCUUGGAUGCAGAGACACAACAUGUGGCCACUCCCUGAGGGGUUUGGCUGUGGUGGGACCUUCCUUCUGCUGGGUUUUCCCUGCCCUUCCUUCUGCUGGGUGUUCACUGUGACCAAUAAAAACUCAGCUGACCCAGAGCACCCGACAGCUCUGGGGUGGGAUGGAAGCGGGACCUCGCUUGGUGGGGAGAAGAGGCUGGAGAUGGAGAAGCUGAAUCCUCUCCUCAGCUCCUCCCAAGGGGAUAACAACGCUCUGCCAGGCUUGAGAGGCAGCCUGAGGAAAGAAAUGCAAAGAGGAGGCAAUUCUGGGUCCUCCCAGGGUCAGGCAGAAGAAGAACCCACCAGCCCCCAGGAGGUGAGGAAGCUGUGGCUUUCCCAAGGUCAGCUCCAGGCCAGACUGGCUGCUACAUCUCUUUAGCAAGACUCAGGCUUGAUGGUUUGGGUUUCUUUUGAUGUUGCUUAAAUCCCAGUAGAACCCCCCCAAGGGCACCCAGGAGUUUGAGUGUAAAAGAUCCUGGAAGCCACCAGAGCCCAUGUGCAGCCCAUUCCCCUCUGAGGCCACCCAAGGUGCAGAGCAAGCAGGACCCAACUGUGCCUUCCAGAAAGGCUAGAGGGUAUUUUGGGUUUUGUUGUUGUGGUUUUUUUUUGGUUUUUUUGUUUGGUUUUUUUUUAACAAGCUCUUUGCACAGAAAAGUCAAUUAGAUAUUUCAAUGACUUGGCUUUUAAUUUGCUGAAGUGCUGUUUGCCAUGCAGUCGAGGAGCUUUGUUUGCAGGAUGGUUGUGAUCCUGAGGGUGUCCUGGGGAGACCUGGGGGCGUUUGCUCUUAGAGCAACUUAAACAUGAGGGUUGGGGGGGAUGGCUGGGGGUCUGGAGGGACGGGAAAUUGGUUGCUUUGACUCCAUUGCAUCAAGAAUUAACCUGCACAGACACAGAGACACUUUGUCCCCUCAGGGUGUUAGUGGAUGUAGGGAUUUAGGACCCUGGUGGAGGCUACAAGAGAGCAGAACUUCUUUAUGGUAGGAAUUGCAGAGGCCAAAAACGUAUUUUAAAUAUAUAUAUAUAUCUUCACAUACAUACACAGUUAUAUAUAUAUAUAUAUAUGGGAUGAAAUCCCUGGAAAUUGUCAUUGCACUGCACGGGGGGGCUGGAUUGGUGGCUGGGAAGACCCAAGGUUUGGGCUCUGCUCCCUUGGGAUGUGAAACAAUGGGGACAGCAUCAGUUUGGGUCUUCUAGGUGGGAGAAGAUGGACCUGUGGGAUGGCUUGGGUGGUGGAAAGCAGAUGGUGAAGAAAGAGAGAGCAGGGGAAUGUGUGUGUGUGUCCACCUUCUGGGUCCAUUCUCAUCUUGCAGAUGAAGGGGAGGCCACACACCUGAUGCCAAGAGUUACUUUCUCUGACCUGCUCAAAGAGAAGAGUUGAAACUCCUGGGUUUGAUGGGCUUGGGGUUGUUUUUUUUUGGUCCUCCUGGGGGUCUGAGCUGUUGGGGAGGGGCAGAAAUCAAAUAUGUUCAUGAUUUAAUGAGCCAGGCAAAGCAGGUAUCAGGGCCACCCAAAAUCUCCAUCUUUUGGAAAACCAUGGUCUUAAUCUUUUGAGCUUGCAUUAAAGAACCCUCCCAGCUUAAGCUUUUAAAUGCUGCUUUUCUUAGCUGAUUCCCUAAUCUUCUUCGUUCCAUUUAGGUUCCCCCCCCCUCUCCCAUUUAAUAGUCUGGAGUUUUAUAAUGCAAUUUUUUUAUUCACUCAAGAUUAACCUCGGUUCUCUCAGCUGGUGUUAAGUUGUAAUCCCAGCACUUAAAUCCUUUACAGUUUCAAAAGUGAGGAAGUCUGGAAAUGGGAGGGUGAGAAGAAGGUGAGAAGAGGCUGGGCAGCUCUUUCUCCUGCAGCAAUUAAGAUUAGGAGAUAUUUUUUUUUUUUUUUUAAAGGUGAAGGCAAUGAAAGUGGGAACCAGAACUGACCAAAGUCUGAAUUAAUGAUUUGUCUGCUGCUUCCACACGUUUCUUCUAUGGCUCUCUGCCUGGAGAAGGCUUGUGAGCUCACAAGGACUCUGGUUUGGGCUUGGAGCCCACCUUUUUCUGGUGAUAAAUUAUGCCCAAGUUUUUCCUGGGGCCUCAGGCAUCCCAAAUCCAUUGUUGGAGCUGAAGCUUGGAAGAAAAAAAGAAAUCCUGGUACUGCUGGAGGAUGGCUGAUCUUCUGGCAUCCCUGGCUAAUGGGAUGGGGCUGGGCGUAGGCUGUGGGGUUUUUGGGGGUUUUUUUAGAAAGCCCAGCUCCAAAAAAACCUGUGCAGGUGAUGUGUGGUGGCUCUUGGUCAUGCUGAGGAUGGUGGGAGGCAGAUGGUGGGCACUGGGAUGCAGGUGAUGCCUCCAGCAGGUCCUGCAUGGCCACGCUGCUCACCUGGAGCUCUUGAGGGAUUCCAGGUGUGCAGAUGGAUGGGGAAUUGGGAAGAAAGCACAGGCUAUAGGGGGAUGAAAACAUCUUUUCUCAGCUGAUUGGGACACAGAGCAAGUGGUUUGGUUUGGAAAGUUCACUCCUGUGGUUGCCUGAAGCAUCUCCUGCAUCACCCCCUCCCAAAGCAGCGAUUCCACACUGUCCCCCUCUGCCAAACUCAGAGAAUCACUCAGAGAAUUUCUUGGCUUGGAAGAGACCUUCAAGAUCAGUCAGUCCAACUUUUGAACCUCCAGCCCCUUCCCCAGCCUCACAGCCCCAGCUCCUGCCUGCCCAGAUGUGUUUUCUGUCCAGCUGUGCACCCUGAGGAUGUGGGCAGCCCAGAGGAAGGCUUUGCCAUCAGCUCUUCUCUUUCUUUGCUCUGUGGGAUACCUGGGGCUGAAGGAAGACUUUGCUGUGCUAUUUGUGUCAUUUUUGGAGAGCUGAGGCCCAAGGUGUGAGCUGGUUUUUUGGUUUUUUGGGGUUCUUUUGUGGGUGGGCUCCUUGCCCAGCUGGGCUGCUCUUCCAGCUCUUCUUUUCCUGUGCUUUGCAGCAGCCGAUGCCUCAGAGGAAAGGAAUCAACUCAGCAGUGACUCCUGGGCCACAUAAAUACAGAGGAGGCAGGAAGGGGGACAAAGGGACCAGAAAAAACAUCUGCAAGAGCUCAGAUGAAGGGCUGGAAGUGACAAGAGGGGAAGGGGAGGGGAUGGAGGUGGCCUCAGCCAGGUCUCGCAGGGUUGGGACCAAGCUGCCCCUUUUCUUCCCAAAAAAUCUCCUUGAUUUUGGACCUUUCAAAAAUAAGCAGCAAGACCUUUUGCACUGGAGUGGGAAACCUCCUGCUGCAGGGAAGGUGGUGGUGCUGGGCUGGGUGCUGGGCUGCUUUAUUUCUUCAUUUCCCAGUUCCUGGAAACGAAUCCAGAAGCUCCCUGGCCAGGAGCUGCUCUGCUCCACACAACCCUUGGCUCCUGCUGCUGCCCAGACUCAUCAUUCAGAGCUCUCCAACCCUGUCACCCUCCUUCACCCCAGCAGGCUGUAACGGGAAUAAACCCCUUAGCUAGCAACAGGAAUGGAUUUAUUAUUAUUAUUAUUUUUUUGGUCAUAAUUUUCUUUCCUCCCCCCACCCCUCCUGAACCCCCUUUUUAUGAUUAUAAAUGGUUCUGGGCUGGGUUUUGGCAGCUCCUGAAGUGCCACUGAGGUUUCACCACUGAGAGGGUCCUUAGAAGCACCCCUGGGGCAGCCAGGGGUGGGGGUGAGGUGUGUGUGUGUAUAUAUAUAUGUGUAUGUAAUUAAUAUAUAUGUAUAUAUGUAUAUACGCCUGGCUUCCCUGGAAACUCUGCCUCUGAGGAGGAUGAGGAGGGGGUUUGGUCAGCAUGGGCUGGAUUCAGCAGCCCCCAGACCCCUUCCUGGGCCAGGGGCUGCAGGAUUCAGCCCCACGUUGCCCUCCCCAUCCUUCCCUCCCCCUCUUUGUCCCCAUCCUGGGGCCACAGAGCCCUUGGUGGAGCCCAAGGUGCUGGGUCCCAGCUGAAGCUCCAUCACCUGCCCUGUGCCUGCAGCUCUGUGGGUAUCCCCAAAGCAGAGAAAUCUCAGUCUGGAGUGUACAAACUUUUAAUUUAAUUUUUUGGGGGGAAAAAUAAUAAAAAAAAGUCACCCCAGGUGAUGCCCACGUGAUGCCCAGGUGGCUUGGGUUGGGUUUUAUUUUGGUUUUUUUUUUCACCCCACACUCCAGGCAGCUCAUCCACUGCAUCUCCAAAGACCUCAAGGGCCCCGGUGACUUGAUGUGCAUCAACCAGCCCUGGUUUGGGUCCCUCCUGGUCUCAGUCAUGACAAUUCAGCUGACAAUCAGAACCCAACAGAACUGCUGGCUUAGGGAAAGAGCUGACUCGUUGCAGUUUGAUAAAAGGACUUUUUACCUGCUUCUCUCUCACUAACACUCACCACCACCUCUCCAAACCACCACCCAUUGGUUCUUCUGUAAAUAAACAUGAAACAUUCUUGUGUAAAGUAAAAUUUAAAAAAAAAAAGAAUUAAAAAGUAGAAAAAAAAAAAGUAAAAAAAAAAAAAUAAAAAUCCAUUGAUAAAUGUCCCAAAAAAGAACAGCCCUUUCCAAAAGGUUGAAAUGAUUCAAAGGAAAAGAAAAACCCAACCAAGUGAGCCCCACUUUGCUUUUUCUUUGGAACUGGUUUAAAUUCCCAAUAGGAGAAUAAAAAAAAAUCUUUACCAACAGAAGGAACUACAAGUGUUCCACCUGAAUGUGGGAGGGGGGAAGAUGCAUGUAAAUAUUUUUAAUAGGAAACAUACCUUAAACAGAAGUUUUUUUUGUAUGUACAUAACUCUUCUAGAGUUUAGUACUGAAAUUGCUUCAUAGUGUCUGUUAAAAAAAUACAAAACAAAAGAAAAAAAGAAAAGAAAAUGUUUGUUAAUUGUUUUUGUUCUUACUCAAUGGCCAAAACUUUAAAAAGAAUUACAAAAAAAGACUAUAAAAAUAAUCUUUGCCAAUGGAUCUAGCACUGUAAUGGUACUGUCUAUUUUUUUUAAUUAUUUCUGUGCUGUGCCCAUUUAUAAAAGGAGGAAAAAAAAUAAAAAUAAAGUCAUUUAAACA